AGUCACUGCUGCCCGUCUGACGCGGCGGCCGGCUCCCACAGCGUGUGUGGCACACAGUGGAGUGGAGUGGAUAGGUGUGGAGAGGAGUGGACAGGAGAGGAGAUGAAUCUGACCUGCGAGCGGUGCCCAACCGAAUGAAAAAUCAGCGCCGAUAACGACGCGACUAAUCUGAAAAUGGAGCCGCCCAAAGCUGAAACUCUACAUUGGUUCUAAUGCGAAGAAUUACGAUAGCGUUGCUAGGGGCGUGCCCAGACCCGGCUCGAUUACCCAGCUAUCGAGCGGUGGGCCCGACUGCCGCGCCUGAAACCAGCACCGAGACCACUGGCCGCGGCAAACCAGCACCGAGACCACUGCCCGCGGCAAACCAGCACUGAGACCACUGCCAGCGGCAAACCAGCACUGAGACUCGACGUGCAGCUUGAGUCUCCCACCCAGAUCGGCGCUCGGCCGAGGCACCGGAGCGGCGCGCGGCCGGGGUAUAACCGGAGCGCUCGGCCGCACCGGAGCGAGCCCAGGCAGUGAGCCGUGCCGGCCGGUCAGCCGCGCCGGUAACUAUGUCGGCAGCUGGGGCCGGCUGGCCCCCGACCGACAGGCUGGAAAUCAUGAUCAACCUCACGCCCGAAGCGCAGAUUCUGCUGAAUCCGUUCUCGUGGGCCGGGGCGCUGAACGCUCUGCUCAUCAGGCAGUUCGGCUUCACGCUGGCCGACCUGGUGGCCUUUCUGGUGCUGUCGUUUGUCUUCUGGAAGGUGCUGGUGCUCUUCAUCCUGCCAGGCAUCUACUUCCGCGUGAUGCUGUACACGGACGAGAUGGAGUCGCAGCACCAUUCCAGCCGAGGCCUGCCACCGACCGGCCGGCCGGCCGCGCAGGUCGACUGCACCCUCACUCAGGUAUUGGACGCCAUCGGAGCGCCAGGAGCCGGCCGGUGACGGGCCACGCGCCCUGCAGGGAUCCAACACCCGCCAUAUACGCCUGAUCAGCACUACAUGCCAGAACAGAACUACAUAUUGUAUUCAUACAGCGGGAGGUCACUGAACUUCUCAACACUGAGCGCUGCUGGGUGAUAAUAUAUUCUCCAUAAAA